AAGUAUGAGGUGCCAAAGAUGUUAGCCUUUCAACCCAUUCCUUAACCUCCAGUAUCUUUUAGCAUUUUUUAGUCAUGCCAAAGUAUACUAUGCUUUAACUUCACUCCUACUCAAAAAAUGCAUAAAACCUACCCCUCUAAACCCUUUGUACAAUGUCCUCAUCAUUCUGUUGUGUUGAGCACCACUUCAUUAAACUCUUCCCACCGUUAAGCUCCACUCAUCCCCCAUGAUCCCUUCAGGAAUAAUGAAGCACCCCAGAGGAAAGCUUCCUCUUCCCAUCAUUGUCAUCACAACCUGUGUUCUUGCUUUUGUGGCUAUCUUGUAUGUAGAGAGGCUCAGUUUCCUCUCUUCCAAGUCCAUUUUCAAGUUCAAGCCAUGUCCUAGAAAAACCACCAAACCAAAGACUAGUGACAAAAAAACAGAUGAGGAGGUUGUGGUUGUGAAUGCAUCAUCAUGGAUUGAUGACAGGUUUGAUUUUGACCCUGAGGAGUGCAAUGUUGCAAAUGGGAAAUGGGUGUUUAACCAUUCAAUAAAGCCUCUCUACUCAGACAUAAGCUGUCCAUACAUAGAUAGACAAUUUUCUUGUGUCAAGAAUGGGAGGAAUGAUUCUGACUAUCGCCAUUGGGAGUGGCAGCCAGAAGAUUGCACCUUGCCACGUUUCAACCCAGAGCUUGCCCUCAGAAAGCUUCAAGGGAAAAGGGUGCUAUUUGUGGGGGAUUCACUGCAAAGAAACCAAUGGGAAUCUUUUGUCUGCUUGGUAGAAUGGGUCAUACCUCAUAAGCAUAAGUCUAUGCAACUAGGAAGAGUUCAUUCAGUUUUCACAGCCAAGGCUUACAAUGCUACUAUAGAAUUCUAUUGGGCCCCAUAUCUUGUGGAGUCCAACAGUGACAUUGACAUCAUAGAUAUAAAGAAAAGGAUAAUAAAAGUGGAUGCUAUAGCUGAAAGAGCCAAAAACUGGACGGGUGUGGACAUCCUUGUUUUUAACACCUAUGUAUGGUGGAUGAGUGGUGUUAGGAUUAAAACAAUAUGGGGUUCAUUUGCCAAUGGACAAGAAGGGUAUGAAGAAUUUGACACCCCAGUUGCUUACAAGUUAGCUUUGAAGACGUGGGCCAACUGGAUCGACUCAACCAUCAAUCCAAACAAAACACGAGUCUUUUUCACCACUAUGUCACCAACACAUACAAGAAGCCAAGACUGGGGCAACAUGGAAGGUGUGAAAUGCUUCAAUGAGACAAAGCCAGUGAGGAAAAAGAAGCACUGGGGAACUGGUUCUGACAAGAGAAUAAUGAGUGUGGUGGCAAAAGUGGUGAAGAAAAUGAAAAUUCCAGUGACAUUCAUCAACAUAACACAGAUAUCAGAAUACAGAAUUGAUGGACAUUCAUCAGUUUACACUGAAACCGGAGGGAAACUGUUGACUGAAGAGGAAAGGGCUAAUCCACAAAAUGCAGAUUGCAUACACUGGUGUUUGCCUGGAGUUCCUGAUACGUGGAAUCAAAUACUUUUGGCUAUGUUGUAACAAACAAAUAUAUAUCUUGCACAAAGAUCCAUGCCCUUUUUUUUUCUUAACUCUUGUGACAUGAAGAUGUCAACUAUUUUGUUUUGUGUACAUUAAUGUUAAAAUGCCAUUUGUGUGAUAUAAAUAUACGUGCAUCAUGAAUAGAGUUGACAUUA